AUGCAGCGGGAUUUAGUGAGUUUGCCGCUGUCCCCGGCCGUGCGAGUGAAGCUGGCGUCUGCAGGAUUCCAGACUGCUGAGGAACUCCUAGAGGUGAAACCCUCCGAGCUCAGCAAAGAAGUUGGGAUAUCUAAAGAAGAAGCCUUAGAAACUCUGCAAAUUAUAAGAAGAGAAUGUCUUACAAAUAAAACAAGUUAUUCUGUUACAGCUGAGUCAGGCAGGAAGUGUACAGCACUGGAACUUCUUGAACAGGAGCAUACCCAGAACUUCAUAAUUACCUUCUGUUCAGCACUGGAUAAUAUUCUUGGGGGUGGAAUACCCUUAACCAAAACAACAGAAAUUUGUGGCGCACCAGGUGUUGGAAAAACACAACUAUGUAUGCAGCUGGCGGUAGAUGUGCAGAUACCAGAAUGUUUUGGAGGAGUGGAAGGUGAAGCAGUUUUUAUUGAUACAGAGGGGAGUUUUAUGGUUGAUAGAGUGGUAGACCUUGCUACUGCCUGCAUUCAGCACCUGCAGCUUAUAGCAGGAACACAAAUGGGAGAAGAGCACCCAAAGGCUUUGCAGGAUUUCACUCUUGAAAAUAUUCUUUCCCAUAUUUAUUAUUUUCGUUGUCGUGACUACACAGAACUACUGGCGCAAGUUUAUCUGCUUUCAGACUUCCUUUCAGAACACUCAAAGGUUCGAUUAGUGAUAGUGGAUGGUAUCGCUUUUCCAUUUCGUCAUGACCUAGAUGACUUGUCCCUUCGUACUCGAUUAUUAAAUGGCCUAGCCCAACAGAUGAUCAGCCUUGCAAACAACCACAGAUUAGCUGUAAUUUUAACCAAUCAGAUGACAACGAAGUUUGAUAGAAAUCAGGCCUUGCUGGUUCCUGCACUGGGGGAAAGUUGGGGACAUGCUGCUACAAUACGGCUUAUCUUUCAUUGGGACCAAAAGCAAAGGUUGGCGACAUUGUACAAAUCACCAAGCCAGAAGGAAUCUACAGUACCAUUUCAGAUCACACCUCAGGGAUUUAGAGAUGCUGUUGUUGCUACUGCAUAUUCAUUGCAAACAGAAGGUUCACUGAAUUCCCGGAAGCGAUCGCGGGACUCAGAGGAAGAACAGGAAUCCAAAGAGUAG